CAUACUCUGCUAUCUGGGACUACCUUGGUCUUGGUCCAUCCUGAUCGUAAGGUUGUGUUCGUGCCAGUUGCAGCCAGUUGGGUGGUUGCGAAGUAAUUGAAAAUGGCGACUCGUCUAAUUAAAGUUAGUUCUGCAUUGCGGACUUAUACUAACAAAACUAGUCUCGUAAAGACACAAAAGCAAUGGCACUCUACAGCACCAUCCAUGAAAGAGAUGCUUAUCAAUCAACCACCCACAAGGGUCACAACUUUAGAUUGUGGUAUGAGAGUUGCAAGUGAGGAUAGCGGUGCUCCAACAGCCACAGUAGGGCUGUGGAUUGAUGCUGGCAGUCGCUUUGAAACAGACGAGACUAAUGGAGUGGCACACUUUAUGGAACACAUGGCUUUCAAGGGAACUACUAAACGUUCACAAACUGAUUUAGAAUUAGAAAUUGAAAACAUGGGGGCUCAUUUGAAUGCUUAUACAAGCAGAGAGCAAACAGUAUUUUAUGCUAAAUGUUUAGCACAAGAUGUACCGAAAGCUGUAGAAAUUUUGAGCGACAUCAUACAGAAUUCAAAGCUUGGCGAAGCCGAAAUUGAGAGAGAACGUGGUGUUAUUUUAAGAGAGAUGCAGGAAGUUGAAACAAAUCUCCAAGAGGUUGUAUUUGAUCACUUACAUGCUAGUGCCUAUCAAGGUACACCAUUAGGAAGGACAAUUCUUGGCCCUACUAAAAAUAUUAAAAGCAUUACACGAAAUGAUCUUGUUGACUAUGUAAAAACACACUAUGGUCCACCUAGAUUUGUUUUGGCUGGUGCUGGUGGUGUAGAUCACAAUACACUGGUAAGCUUAGCCGAUAAACAUUUUGGUAAAAUGCAAGGACCAGUUUACGACGAGAUUCCACCGUAUUGGGAACCGUGUCGUUACACGGGUUCUGAUAUACGAGUUCGCGAUGACACUAUUCCUCUUGCACAUGCUGCGAUUGCUGUUCAAGGUGCUGGGUGGGCAGAUGCAGACAAUAUUCCCCUUAUGGUUGCAAAUACUCUCGUGGGAGCAUGGGAUCGUAGCCAAGGAGGAGGUGCAAAUAACUCAAACCGCUUAAAUGAAAAUCGUUACGUUCGUGAAAUGUGUCAUAGUUACCAAAGCUUUAAUACUUGUUACAAAGACACAGGUCUUUGGGGUAUAUACUUCGUAUGCGAUCCUAUGGGAUGCGAAAACUUUGUUACUAGGUUGACUCGGGAAUGGAAAAGGUUAUGUGUAUCAGUUACAGAGAAGGAAGUUGAGCGCGCGAAGAAUAUUCUUAAAACAAAUAUGCUCCUCCAGUUGGACGGAACAACUGCAAUUUGCGAAGAUAUUGGUCGACAGAUUCUCUGUUAUAAUCGGCGUAUACCACUUCAUGAACUCGAGGCCAGGAUAGAUAGUGUAACUGCCAAAAAUAUUCAUGAUAUUGGGAUGAAAUAUAUUUACGAUCAGUGUCCAGUAAUUGCAGCAGUUGGGCCAAUCGAAAACUUGCCUGAUUAUACCAUAACUCGUUCCAAAAUGUACAGCUUGUUCAUGUAAAAGCAUUUCCCAACACAAAUUUAGAACGAGUCGCCAGUAACAUCAUUUUUAGUAAAAAAUUAGGAUUAAAGUAAGAUUGCAAAUAUUUAAUUCAUUUUUCGUAAAUAUUAAUUGUUCAGAUUUAUUCAUAUUUAUUAUUCAAAUUGCGAUAUGUAAGACAAGUCUAUGUAUAUUCCAAUAAUAAUUUGUAGUCUCACUUUAAUACUUGUUAAUACUUAUAUUUAAGUGAAAUAAUAAUUUAUCAAUUGGUUAUACCUAAAUCAUUGAUGUUUACGAAAUUGUAACAGGUAUUGAUGAAAUUAAUAAUAAAUCAUGUGUGUACUCUUCCACACA